AUGAUACUCUUUUAUAAAUUUCGUAGUCUUUUUGACCAAAAAGAAAUUACUAAAUCUCCAUUGUAGAUAUUGAUAUAAUUCAAAGAUUAGAGUAAAUCCCCGAUAUCAUAAAAUAUUUGUAGAAAUUAGAAAAAAAGAGAAUAUCUUUAAUUAUCAUCAAGAAAAAGAUAAUCAACAGGUGGAGAAGCUAAUACACCAAAGAGUUCAAGGUUUUUCAAUUAUUUUGAAAAUCAAUACUCAUCUUGUGCACAGCUUUUAAUAAAAAAUUAGGAAAAGGUGAUCAAAGAAGUGUCAGAAACAUAGAUUGAUUAAACUUUAUAACCAUGA